AUGGCCCUCCGCACCCCCCCAACAGACCUCGAUAGCGACUACGGCUCUGAUUUCUCCCCCGAAGACCUCGAGGUCCUUGAUCGUCUCGUCGUCCAGACCCCAUCUACCGUCGUCAGCGUCCCUGCACCGCCGACUCCCUUCUUUUUCUCCCGCGAGAACACACCGUCUGCUCGCCGCGAUGCGCAUCCCCCGCGCUCACGCUAUGUGGCCAGCAUGCCGAUCGCGUAUGAGACUGAGCCCCUCGCGCCCCCCGCGCCCCCGGCAGUCAGUCGCAGCGCAUACCCAGGCGGCCCAAACGGCGCCAUCUACCCGGAUCUCUCCGCCGCGCUCUCCUCGCUCAACGAACCCACCACCACUGCCUCUCAGCCUGAAGCACCCCCCACCGAAGCCCCAGUCCCCGACACCCGAACCCCCCUCCAACGCUACCGCUCCUUCCCCCGCAAAGCCCUCUCCGUCACCGACCUCGUCUCCCCCGCCUGGUGCGAGCUGCAAUACUCCCUAACCCUCUCCCUCCACGGCCGCAAGCCGCGCACCGAAGCCAUGAAACGGGGAAGCGAGGUGCACGCCGCGCUCGAGGAGGAGGUGUAUACGUCUGUCCAGAUCGAGGUUGCGACCAAGGAGGAUGCGUGGGGGUUGAGGGUGUGGAAUGUUAUUCAGGGACUGAGGACGCUGAGGGAGGCGGGGAUGACGAGGGAGUUGGAGGUGUGGGGGGUGGUGGAUGGGGAGGUUGUGGGGGGGGUGAUUGAUGAGGUGGGGUUUAUGUGUCCGGAUUUGGAGAAGGAGGAGGAGGCUGUGAGGGCGCUUGCGGUGGCGAGAGGGGAGGCGCUGCCGAAGCCUAGGACGAUUCUGCCUACUGACCAGAGGGCGCUGGAUGAGUAUCUACAUCCCACACCCCCACAGCUGGCGAAGAGGAAAUUGUACAUUACAGAUGUCAAAACUCGCUCUGUUGCCUCCUUACCCCGCGGCGCUUCGUUCCGCCCGACGAAGCUCCAACUCAUGCUCUAUCACACCCUCCUCUCCUCCCUCGCCGCGGGCGACUCACCCCUCUCCGCUGUCGCGGCCCGCUAUGAGCUCGACACGCACGCGCAAUUCAGUCCUGCGUUCGUAGCGCAGGUAGCCGCUCUCGCAGACGAGGUAUUCUACGACGCCCCCUCCAGCGCCGAAGAAGUCGCCCGCGCUCCCGAUCCCGCCGGCUCGGAACUAUCACGCAACAACACCCUCGAGAAGCUCUGGGCCGUCAUGAUGGAAUUAUUCACCGAAGUCAUCGGCGAAGGCGGUCUAGGACGCGUGCUCCGCGCGGAAUACCGCAGUCGCGGAACGGGAGGGGUGAUAGGGGAGCAGGUUUUCCCUAUGGAUGAGGCGGUCUUGGGAGGGUAUAUAGGGCAUGGGAUGGGGUGGUGGAGGGGGGAGAGAGAGCCGGAGGGGGUGGCGGUGCAAGAGGCGUUUAAGUGUCGGAGUUGUGAGUUUGCGGAGGGGUGUGAGUGGAGGCUUGGGCAGGUGGAGGAGGCGAGGCGGAGGGCGAGGGGGGGGUGGAAGGGGUAGAGGGCGUGGUGUGGAGUUGGGUUUGGGGCGUCAGGGCGUGGCGGCUGGGGAUACCGGAUACGGCGAUGAGGAAAGAGAAGGGAUUGGGUUUUGGAUUUUCAAGAUAUAGAAAUGGGAUUUCCCAGAGUGCUGCCUGCAUCCCAUCCAGCUGUGAUGGUUGCUCCAGUGGCCGAGAGACACGUCCUGGUGCUCGUCGAUGUGUUCGCCGCCACCCCAGCGGUGGAGUCAGCUCCGCGCCCCUUUUUACAACAAUGAUUGGUCUCAUACCCUAGCGACAUCAAGCUCAACCGUUGAAGCUUCAUCCAGCCUCGGGUCUCCCCGAGUAGAACCCUCGUAAACUUGGGAUGGGACAAUAAAAAACAGCCUGACAGGGCAGAAUCCGCGCGAGUUAAAAUCGUCUGGUAGAGCGCGUCAGAUGUAUAAAUAUAAAAACACA